UGGGAGCAUGUUAGGUCUUUGGCGAAGAGACCAUCUGCCGGGUUUAGAUCUCCCUCUGGAAAAAUAGCUAGAACUAGUUAUAUCAUACAUAUCUGGACUCUGCAGAGGUGUAGCCUUGCUCCUUGCGCUGUCAACUCUGGAUUCUGUACGGAUUUCGCAGAGCUGAGGCUAUUCGGUCGGUGACUGCCUAGGUAUUGGUCGAGAGAAUGGCAGUAUUUAGUUCAUAUUUGUAUACUUGUAUCCUCUGGAUAGGGAUGUGCUUGUGCUCCAUACGCUGUAGUGGUUGGCAGAAGGUUGAGGUUUGAAAUGGCUUAUUUAAAAUAACACGAUCUUUCCUUAUUUCGGCAAUCAAAUAUUUCAGCUCUAACCAAGAUCCAUUUCGCCAGCUUGAACCAGCUCAGUUUCUCCAAAACCCGUGUUUGAAUCUUAUCCUCUUGUUACAGAUUUCGUAGGCCUACAUGAUUACUUUAAUUCAGAGGGAAGAUUCAUAAUUUAUAUAAAUACGCACGUCCGCCCUUCCGGUUCUUCCGUAAAAAGUCCCCGCCCACCCCACUGGAUAUCAUCAUCUAGCUCAGUUUACCAUUAUUGAUAUCGCCAUCGUUAUCCUCCCUCCGGGUGCUGCCACAAUGAGGACUGCCUCGCUCCCGCUAGAAUCUCUUCUUGGUACCAAACAUCCUCUUCAGCGGUUGCAUUCGCCCUCCCGCGGAGUUUCUGCCCUAGUACAUUUAGCUGCACUAGUGAGCUUCGCUCUGUCGUUCAAAUACAUGACCGACCACCCGAAUCUAGCAAGCGAGGCUUACGGAUGGCAUUUCCAGUACUUGACUAUCAUCGGUCUAUGUAUGGCUACAUUGACAAACCUGGCGGGCCUGGCUGCAGACAUUUUUCUGUCAACGCGCCUGUUUGCUGUUAAGAAUGUGCUUCUGGUUUGCAGCGCGCCAAUGGAAGUGCUGAUUAGUAUUUUAUAUUGGGGCUUGAGAAUCAUUGAUACCAAGCUGGUAAAGCCUGAUUGGGUGGAAUUAUCUUUGGAGGCAGAUAUUGGCUUGCAUGCUAUCCCAGCUAUAGUAUUGGCGAUUGAUCUGCUGUACCUAUCACCGCCUUGGUCUAUCGGGGCUCUCCCAUCCAUGGGAUUGGCCAGCGUCAUCGCGUUUGGCUACUGGUUUUGGGUGGAGAAGUGCUACCAAUAUAACGGAUGGUACCCUUACCCGAUUUUCGAAAAGCUCACUACCGGCUGGCGAAUUGUUCUUUUCCUGUUCAGUGCUACCUUGAUGACCAUAAAUACCUUGCUAUUGAAGCGCCUGCACGGGCAGAUGAAUGGUUUUCUCCACCCUGCUUCAGGUGCACGCCCAAGUGAUUUAAAGCGGGCCUAAAAAACUCUACGUCAUUUGAAAAUAUACCGCUCAACAUGGAUAUGACCAAAUGAUCUCGCGUUACAUGUCAUGAUGACCUGGUCCAAUUGGCUGGAUAGCGGACGUUCUUUUUUCCCCUUUGAUUUAUAUUAGCGAGCGCGCACUGGGGGAUUACCUAGGAGUUUAUUUGUUGCAAUUUUAGAACCUGAGGAGGACAGAACGAAUUUCGGAAACACCGAGCACAUAGAUAUAGAUGCUCUGAUGACGAAUUUGCAUGUUUCCUAAAGAUACUACUUUUUUUUCGUGAUUGCUUGGGAUGUGAAAGGUGGCAAUUAACGAAUCUACCAAGACAUACUCCAUCGAGAUACAGAACAUGAAUAUUCAUUUCUCGAAUAAACUACAGAGUAUCAUACAAUCCAUUGUUCCUGCUCUGGUUAUCCAUGCCAAGAUAUUGGCACGCCGAGGCU